AAUGAGUCAAGAAUCUGCCCACGGACAAGGCAACAAUAAUGAACACGUCAGUGUUCAUACUGAAGCAUCUAGCUUUACCCCUCCCGUCCAAAAUGAACCCGUCAAUCAACAAAAUGUUGGGAAUAACUCGAACGCUGAUGGUCAACCCAACCUUGUGAUUCCCACAUUCCUGGCAAAUGUAUUACAACAGAUAGCCAACGCACCAAUGUUUCAACCACCUCCACCACCGCCACCGCGAGUGAUAACCUACAAAACAUUAAGGGAUAACGGUGCAGAAUUAUUCCUUGGGGAUCGCAUCGGUGAACCCCAAAUUGCAUGGGACUGGAUCGAGCAGACUGCUCGAGUAUUGGAGGAUCUUAAUGUACCCAUUGGCAACUAUCCCCGAAUGGCGUCUCAGCUACUUCGCAAGGAAGCCUACGAGUGGUGGAAGAGGACUGAUGAGAGUGCGGGAACCCCUAAGCCAUGGACAUGGGCACAUUUCGAAUGGGCAUUCAAGCAAGAAUAUAUUCCAAAACGUUUUAGCGAAGAAAGACGUAAAGAAUUUGUCGAAUUGCAACAGGGAGGCAUGACACUCCCCGAGUAUCGUCAGAAGUUUACCAGUCUUGCUAAGUUUGCACCAACUUUGGUGAGUACCCCAACCGAUCGCAUCGAGGAAUUCAGGAAGAAACUUCGACCUGACCUUAGGUCGCGUGUGUCCGUCCUAACCACCGUGGAUUUCGCGGAGGCCUAUGAUCUCAUAGCUAGGGCAGACAGCGACUUGAGUGCUUGCAUUGAAUAUCUGAAGACAAAUAAUGUCAGUUCAAGCACUCACCGUCCCAUCAGCUCUAUCUCAAAAGGAAAAAGGCCCUUUCAGGAAUCUAGCAAUUCACACUUCUCAAAGAAGGGGAAAUCGGUGCAGACGCACUCUGUGGCGUCGGAAAACAAAUCAAGAGGGUGGAAACACCCAUUGUGCGAUACAUGUGGGAGACAUCAUCCAGGCGAGUGUUGGCUUGCCCAAGGAUUAUGUCUAGGUUACGGCAAACCUGGACAUUUUCGAAGAGAUUGCCCCACUAAUCCUGGCAAACCAUUUCCGACAGCCCCAGUUGUUAGUCAAUCAGCAUCAGCACGACCUGCGCCAAGUCAACGAUCAACGGCAGGAUCUAAUCCGGCCAAGAACCAGAGUCAGCAACAGGGACGAGCUCCUGCUCGUACUUAUGCAAUGAAGGCACGAGCUGAGGAAAACCCUGACGUCAUUCAGGGUAUGUUUUCCUUAUUUGAUUCUGUCAUGCAUGUGUUGAUAGAUCCUGGAUCAACGUUAUCUUAUAUCUGCGUGCCUAUGCCUGACAAGGCUGACAUAAUGAAAGAAAACUUAGAACAACCUAUACUAGUGUCUAACCCGUUAGGACAUAGUAUGAGGUUAAAUCAUGUGUAUCAAGACUGUCCAUUGAUUGUUGAAGGACAUCAGUUCUCUGCCAAUCUUGUCGAAUUACCGUACAAAGAAUUUGACAUCAUCCUCGGAAUGGAUUGGCUCACCGAACAUCAAGCAAUUAUCGAUUGCCGACAACGAACGAUUCAACUAAAGUCUGGAGAGGGAAAUUCUAUAAAGAUCGAAUAUAAUGUUGAUGACAAGGUGUUUCUGAAAGUCUCACCGUGGAAGAAAGUGCUACGUUUCGGUAGGAAGGGAAAACUAAGUCCGAGAUAUAUUGGACCCUAUCGAAUCACUGAACGUGUGGGUCCAGUAGCAUAUCGGUUAGAACUUCCACCAGAAUUGAACAAGAUUCAUGACGUAUUCCAUGUAUCAAUGUUGAAAAGAUACCGUUCCGAUCCAUCGCAUAUUUUGACUGAGGGAAUUGUAACUCUUGACGAAAAACUGACUUAUGAAGAGGAACCUGUACAAAUUUUAGCACGAGAGGUCAAACAAUUGAGGAACAAAUCUGUACCCUUAGUCAAAGUGCUAUGGAGGAAUCACUCGACUGAAGAGGCAACAUGGGAAACCGAAGAGUCAAUGAGGAUGCAGUAUCCGAAUCUCUUCAACCAAUGACUCAG